AUGAGUUUCUCCCCUUGCCCACCUGAUGCUCUCGGCGGCAACAUCAUCCAAGAGCAGCGGGACCGCUGGGAGAUGAAACGCUGCCGAGCAGCCAGAGAACUGGUGCUGUCGGAGCAACGUUACUGCCAACAACUGGAGUUGGUCACCACUUAUUUUGUGGAGAUUUUGAAGGCCAAAGGGACUCUGAAAGAGGAUAUUACAGAAAGCAUCUUCAGUUCAAUUAAAGCCAUUCACUCAGUAAACCAGUCUUUGCUAGUUCACUUGGAAAACGGCUACUUCGGAAGAGGCUUCGACCAGUUUUGCCCUCAACUGCACCACUACAACGUCUUCGUGGACAACAUUUACGAUGCCAAAAAAGUGCUCUGGAUCCAGCUGAAGAAAAACAAGGCCUUCAGGCGCUUUAAGAAACUUCAGGAAGCUCGACCUGAGUUCAACAACCACAAGCUGGAGGACUUGCUUCAACUGCCAAUCGAGCGGAUUGAUCAGUAUAAACGUUUACUGCAGGAGAUGACUGCCAACACGAGACCAGAUAACCCAGAGUUCCAACAGCUUUCACGGGCGGUAGCUGCGGUUGAAGAGCUGCACCAGCGUAUCCAGAACAAUACCCGGCGCCACGAGAACCACCUGCAGCUGCGCCGGGUGCAGAAACUGCUGAAGGGGCGAAAGACGAAGGUGUUGGCUGCAGGGAGGUGGUACAUCCGCGAAGGCUGGCUGAAGGUCGUUCCAACCAAAGGUUCGGAUGUGAAACCCAAGAUGUUCUUCUUGUUUUCGGACAUACUUCUGCAAGCCAAGCCAUGCAGCUCCUUGCAUCCCACCGACAGCGAAAAGUUUGCUGGGGAGCACGCGUACCCACUGCAGGAAUGUACUGUGGAAAAGGUGUUCGGCAACACUAAGGGCAAAGGGGGCCUACUCAGUCUGACUUUACCUAAAGCCAAACUCCUGCUUAUGUCAAGCAACCCAGAAGAUUUUAACGACUGGUACCAAAGCCUGUCCUCAGCAGUUAGGAAGCUGCAGCCCAGGUCAACGGUUGUCCUUCAGCCAGAGGAUCCCAACCAGGAACCUCUUGGCUCAGCUUCUGGUGGACAGAAUUUACCAAGCAGCAAUAGCAAUUCUAAUAGGAAGAGGAACAUGGUGAGCAAUGAGCCCAACGAGGCGGGUGAUCUUUCGCACAGACCCACCGGUGAGUGGGAGAGCAGCGUCCCCAAAAGGAUGAAAGAGUCCACUUCAGACCAGAGUUCGGAAGUGUCUACGUCAAGCUGUGUUAUCCUCUGA